AUGACCACCCCAAAUCAGAAUAUAGUAUCUCCCACCGAGUUCCAAAAAGCUCACAGCGAACAUCUCACGCUCGAAAAAGCAGCAACACACCAGCUCCAAGCCCUCUCCGCAGCCCGCCGCUCCCUGCCCAUAGUGCCCGUCCCGGAUCCCGCACGCUUUAAGUUCGACACUGUCCAAGGCGAGAAAACUCUUCCAGAGCUCUUCGCCGGCCGGAGACAGCUCAUCAUGUACCAUUUCAUGCUGGGACCGGAGGACGAGAAGGGCUGUGUUGGGUGUUCAUUUUGCAUGGACCAUAUUCCUGAUUUGCGGCAUUUGGAGAGUCGGGAUACGAGUUUUGUGGCGGUUGCGAGGGCGCCGGUGGGGAAGAUUGAGGAGUAUAAGAAGCUUACCGGGUGGGAAUUUCCGUUUUACAGUUCGGAGAAGACGCAUCGGGCGUGGGAGGAGGCGGAGAAGGGUGGAGAGGUUAUUACGUGGAAGCCUGGCAAUGGGUAUUUUGGGCUGUGUGUGUUUUGGAGGGGCGAUGAGGGGGAGGUGUUCCAUACGUACUCUACGACGGAUCGGGGGAUGGAGAUUCUUCUUGGGACGUAUCAUUUAUUGGACAUGACGCCGUUGGGGAGGCAGGAGGUGGGGAAUGGGAUGAAUGAGUUUCGGAGAAUUUAUGAGUACUAA